UGUUAUGUUUUAAUUUUUAAUGAUCGUAUGAGUAGUAAAUUAGCUAUUAACACCGCAAUAUUAUAUUUAUACAACAAAUUGUGCAUGUUUUAAUUUGUUUUGGCAUUCCGAAACAACGUGACGUGAAAUUGCACUUCCCCUCCUGAAAACUACAACCGUGUACCGGAAGUGGUCACGGCUAAAACCUGUAGUGACGUCUGUUUGUGAAAGACAAAAACAGUGGGCACACGCACAGGGUCUGCUGUAUUUUUGGAAGCGAGUGGGCUUCUCUUCAAAACUGGCACACUCAAGUCGAUUGUAGCGCGAGGAGAACUCAAGCGUGCGGGUUGAAAUAACGCAAGUCACGGUCGUAUUUUCUCUAAACGGGGAGCAAAAGGAGUUCAACACCCGCGGAUGGACCGAGCGAGUCGGGAACAAAUCGAAGCGUGUCACUUUGCCUGGUGACAACGCUCGACUGACUCAAUCAUCAUCUAGCCGACCACUUCACUUGCGCCGUGGAGGCAUUUAAUUGUUGUGGACGGUUGGUGCAUCGCGCUCACUGAUAAUACAUCGAAUACACCUCUGGGUAAUUUGGAGGGCUUACGUCACGAACGUGUCACGCUAAUUUAGCUUGUAGCUAGCCUGACUUGGACCUCUCGAGCCGCUAGCUGCAGAAUGUAGCCACGGUUUCGAAGGUCCAAGCUCGUUGCGUUUGGUGACGCAGUCGCUCCCAGGUUUGCUUCUUCAGUGAGUGGAGAAUGUGAAGCACAACCAUGGCCACCUUGGAAGCCUAUCGGGAGUACCAGAGGAUUGAGGACCUGGAGGAGGACUCUCCACCCGGGGAGGAGGACUUGCUGCUCCAUGUGCCCGAAGGCCUGAAAGAUUCAUGGCACCACAUCAAGAACUUGGAUAACUUCUUCACUAGAAUCUAUCAUUUUCAUCAAAAGAAUGGCUUCGCCUGUAUGAUGCUUUCGGAGUUCUUUGAACUUGUUCAGUUUCUGUUCGUCGUCACGUUUACGACGUUCUUGGUCAACUGCGUGGAGUACGACGUCCUGUUUGCCAACCGAGCUGUCAAUCAUACGGGGCCGGGCCGCAACCCGUUGGACAGGGGCAAGGUCACCCCCCCUGAUGCCCUUUUGCCCAGCCAGCAGUGCAUUCAGAGUAUCCAAGAGAACAGCUGGAUCAUAUUCCUUCUCAUCAUGGCGGCCAUCUUCUGGAUCUAUCGACUCGUCAAGGUUAUUUGCAACGUUCUGAGCUACUGGGAGAUCCGGCAGUUCUACAUUAAAGCGCUGAAGAUCAGAAUGGAUGAACUAUGCAACUUCACGUGGCAGGAAGUACAGGACCGUCUCAUCAGCCUGCAGCGAGAGCAGCAAAUGUGCAUCCACAAGAAAGAGCUGACAGAAUUGGACAUCUAUCACCGUAUCCUGCGCUUCAAGAACUACACGGUGGCCAUGAUCAACAAAUCCCUGCUACCCGUGCAGCUGCAGCUCCCCCUACUGGGCGAUGUGGUCUUCCUCACGCAGGGCUUGAAAUACAACUUUGAGCUCAUCCUCUUCUGGGGCCCCGGCUCGCUGUUCCAGAACAAGUGGAACCUGCACCCCAAGUACAAGCGCAGUGGCAACCGGCUGGAGCUGGCGCAGCAGCUCAGCAGGGUCAUCCUGCUUAUGGGCGUGGCCAAUCUGCUGCUUUGUCCCUUUAUUCUGGUGUGGCAGGUGCUCUACGCGUUCUUCAGCUACACGGAAGUCAUCCGCCGCGAGCCAGGGAGUCUGGGGGCGCGCCGCUGGUCCCUCUAUGGCCGACUGUACCUGCGGCACUUUAACGAGCUCAACCACGAGCUGCACGGGCGCUUGGGCAGAGGCUACAAACCCACGUCCAAAUACAUGAACUCCUUCACGUCGCCGCUGCUCACCGUGCUGGCGAAAAACGUCGCCUUCUUCUCAGGCUCGGUGUUGGCCGUCCUCAUCGCACUGACUGUCUAUGACGAAGACGUCCUGACGGUGCAGCACAUUCUGACUGUCAUCACUGUGCUCGGGGUGGUUAUCACCAUCACUCGGUCCUUUAUCCCAGACGAGCAUAUGGUUUGGUGCCCUGAACAGCUGUUGCAGUGCAUGCUGGCCCACAUCCACUAUAUGCCGGACCACUGGAGGGGCAACGCUAACAAGAGCGAAACCCGGGACGAGGUGGCACAGCUCUUCCAGUACAAAGCGGUGUUCAUCCUGGAGGAGCUGCUCAGUCCCAUCAUCACACCCUUCAUUCUCAUCUUUCUGCUGAGGAACAAGUCUCUGGAGAUUAUAGACUUCUUCAGGAACUUCACGGUGGAGGUGGUCGGCGUGGGAGACAUCUGCUCCUUUGCACAGAUGGACAUCAGACGCCACGGGAACCCGACUUGGCUGUCCGAGGGUCAGACAGAGGCGUCUGUGUACCAGCAGGCCGAGAACGGAAAGACGGAGUUGUCGCUCAUGCACUUCACCAUUAAGAACCCGCACUGGCAGCCGCCGCUGGAGAGCUCUGUGUUCAUCAGCCACUUGAAGGAGAAGGUGCAGCAUGACGCGCAAGGCGGUCCAUCCACGCAGCUCCUGCUUUCCGAGGCUCCUCUCUGCACAUCGCUGCAGUCCAAUGAAUCUGCUACCGGGCCUGAUAAUCUGCUGGCCAGCAUCCUUGCGCACCCUGUUCUCACCGCAUCAGGACUACAAGGCAGAGAUCACCGCUUUAUUGCGCCAAGCACAGCAGCCUCAGCCGCCGCCAGCGUCCUGGCCUCUUUAUCCAUCUCCCAGCUGCCGAACGCCGGCCGAGGCCGCUCGCAACGCCACCAAGCUUCCUCAAUACAUCCAGAGAGCACCAUUUAUCACAGUGAUCGCACCGUCAUUGACAGUAUGUCAUUCAGUGACAGCCGUUUACAAAGCAAUACACUGCACUCUGAGUUUGCCUCAGCAGAGAUGAGCCUUCACGCCAUCUACAUGCACGAGCUCCACCAACAGACGUCGCACCCGCAAAGAGGGUCAGGGCAUUGGCAUAGCUCAGUGCCAAUGACGGAGCUACAUGGCAACACUGGUUUCUCGGCCCAUAUUGGUUCUACGCCGUCUUUAGUCACACCGGUGCACCUUGGUGGGUGGCAAGAAGAAGAAGAAGAGGAGGAGGAGGAGGAGGAGGACGACGACGACGACGGUGAAGAGGAGAUAAACAGUGGAUCCACACUGAAACAGGACACCGGGACUUGUUGAAGUGCCUUAUGACAUAAGUGUUUACGUUUUACUUUUCUCCAAUGUCAACUGUGGCCUUAGAAGAUCUUCAGCACGGACCUUUAAAUCCAUCCUUUUGUCACGUGACACGUCUCAUGAAGAAACCACUAUCUUCUUCUUCUUCCGCACAGACAUCAGGGAAGCAUCCAUGUUUUUAUUUUCUGUAGAUGAUCUGUGUGUGUGUGUGUGCUCGUUUGUUUGUGUGCGGGCAAGUAAGAUGGUGUAUACAAAAGACCACUGAUGGAAAAAUGCCAAAGGCUCUAUAUGCACAAUUCAAGUGUUUUUAGUGGAUAUCACAAGCAUCUAGUAUAGUGUUUCACUGCAUUAUUGUUGCUUGGGAGUAUCAUAGCGCUUAGAUCCUUGCGACGUGUAAAUACUAGAUGAGUACAUUCUUACUACCACACCUAAAACAUGCAUAUAAACAGGAUAGUACACAUACUACCAGAAGAGUAUGUUGCUGAAUUACUUGAUCAAUGACUUCACAUGGAGCAUUUUUGUCGAUGUCUGGUUCUCACAAUCACAGAUUUUGUUCAGUAUUAUCACCUCUUCAGCAAGAUGGUUUAUUUAGGAAUAUGACGAUGGACUAAAUGGGCCCCAAAGCCACUACAGGAAGUGAAGGUUUAACAUCCUGUAUUGCACCUGUGGCAGUGUCCCGGAAACACCAUUGCAGUUACACGCCAUUUUGGUCACUUCCUGGUUUUAUUCCACAAAGGUUGCCCGUCAAGCACUGAUCUUGAACUCGCCUGUCCCUGCUGACUUUUGGGCCAGACUGGUUGUCAGCCAAUCGCAGAGCACUUGUAGAGCAUUCACACUCACAUUCACACCUAUGUACAAUUUUAAGUCUUCAAUGAACCUAACAUGCAUGUUUUUGGAAUGUGGGAAAAAGCUGUAGUAUCAGAGGAAAACCCACGCAAGCACGGGGAGAACACGCAACCUCCAUACAGGAAGGCUGGGAUUAGUACACCGAACCUCAGAACAGUGAGGCAGGUGUGCUUAACCACUAAUGUGUACCGUGUUGCUAUCUGAAAUGUAUCAGGAGGAAAAUAUUUGUACACUUUUUCGGGUUUGUUUUACAUAUCUUGCUUGUACUCAUUUUUCUUAACAUGGAUGCAAAGCGGAGGAAACCUCUGAGAAUCUUCUGGGGGGAAAAAAAAAAAGUUUAUUAUUAUCUUUUAAACAUUAUUUUAAAGUUGGUCCCGUUCAACUUUGAUGACGUUUUUUAUUUGGGGGGGAAAUAUUUUUAUAUUGAGUAUUUCAAUCACAUUCUUUCAAUGAACCACAGAAUACAUGCAUGUUAAAUAGAAUAGACAUAUGCACUAUGAACAUAAUUCCCCCGCCCAAAAAAUAAUUGUGGAUUCCCACAGAAAAUUCCCCUAAAUUUUGUCGCCCUUGGUUUUCUAUGACCACAGGUUUUCCCUGAAUUGAGUGUUUUAUGAAAAGAAGGCACUCAGCCUCAUUUAUUAGCUUUGGAUGUAUUUUUUACCUUUUCUCCUCUCAUAUAUAACGACAAUUUAAAAAUUUUCUCUGUCCAAUCUUAUAACUGUGUGACUAAUAACAGACCCUCAAAUUAUGAGUAGCUAAAAAUAAAUGACUUGAUGACAUUGCGUUACAGUAGUUCAUCCUUAGUGAUAAUAUAAAUAUACACGCACACAUAACAGGCUUUUGUAGACUACACACUAUCUUGCAUUAUGGCUUUGAUAUGUUUUUAACAUCCAGAAGAUUAGCAGCUCUCAUCGGUAAUGCUAAACAUGUAGGCCUCUUCAUUUAUAUCUAUGGAAGAACAAAUGCUUCAUGAUGCUAAUAAUAAUCUCAGUAUUUUGCACUGAUAUAUAGUUUUAAGUGUACAUACAUGUAUGUACAGCACAUGCAACAGCUCAGAAAGGGACCUGAGCCCCCACCUCUUAAUGUUUGUAUAUAACGACUCAUUUUGUACCAAUUGAUGAGGUCACAGGUUUUUAGUUUGUUUUUUGUUGUUGUUUUUUUUCUCUUUUCUUUUUUUGUGCGUGUGUGUUGGUUGCGUCUUGCAAAUUCACGUUGUAAAGACACUGGAGUUGAAAGUUGCUUGUUUUUUUUAAAUGUUUUUAUUGCAGUCACACCUCACUGCUGGUGUUCUCUUUUUUUAUUUGAAGCAGUGCCUUAGGAUUAAGGACUCAUACUUUAUCUCAAGUCAUAUAGGACGGGAAGUAUUCAGACCCCCUUAAAUGUUUCACUCUUUGUUAUAUUGCAGCCAUUUGCUAAAAUCAUUUUAGUUCAUUUGUUUCCUCAUUAAUGUACACAAAGCACCCCAUAUUGACAGAAAAAAAACGAAAUUGUGGAAAGUUUUGCGGAUUUACAUUACGGAGGAAAAAAAUGAACUUAAAGUAUUUUAGCAAAUGGCUGCAAUAUAACAAAGAGCGAUAAAUUUAAGGGGGUCUGAAUACUUUCCGUACCCACUGUACAUCAUUAACGGUACAUAUUUUACAGUAGUGUGCUCUAAGUAAGUCACUGUGUGUAACAUCAAGAUGGAAUGCCAUAUUUGCUCAAAUAGUGGCCCUAAUUAAGACCAUUGCCUCCUUCACAUAUAGGCCAUGCCCAUCCACUUAUUUGGUCAGUGCGGCAUCCACUGGGGAAAAAUACCCGUAAACGCCUCCUUUAAACUGAAGCUGUACCCCAAUUAGUCAACCGCUGCGUCAUCCGUUAAAGAAAAAAAAAAUAAUAAUGAUAACCUUCCUUGAAUAGAAACCUUGCCCUAAUUAGUUGCCACUUGGUAGGUGCAUCAUUGACUUUAAAAAAAGAAACACCUCCCUCAAAUAGAAACUUUGCCCCAAUUAGUUGGCACUUGGUAGGUGCAUCAUUCCCUUAAAAAAAACUAAACACCUCCCUUAUGGUGAAAAAUGCCUCCUUCAAAUAGGUGCCAUACUCCAAUUUGUAAGCCUGGAUGUCAUCCAGUUAGAAGAAAAGAAAAAAAACGCCACCUUCAAAUAAUACCAAUAAAUGACACCUCAGAUAGACACCAAGUCCUAAUUAGUCGGCAGUGUGUCAUCCACUUAAGACAAUAAACGCUUCCCUCAAAUAAACACUGUGCCCCAAUUAGUCGGUGGGUGUGUCAUCCGCUUGAGUAAAUAAACGCCUCCCGGCCACUUUUUGUGUAACUACGUUAGAUUCAAAUAAAUGUGACUUUUAAGAAUGACGGCAAAGAGACUGACAACAUACAUAUUUUUUUUUCAUGUAUUUUUGCUGUCUGAAAUUGCACUGUCCUGUCAUCUACUGGCAUCAUCGUCAUCGUUACCGUGGACAACCUCACAACAACAAGCCAGUCAAGUAACACAAUGACUGGGACAAGGUGCUAUGCGUUUUCAUGCUGAAACACGAUGUGGGUUUUACAGCACGUUCUGGACUUUAAACACUAGCUGACGAAUGCAACGCGCCAAAAGAACUUUUUUCGACACAGUGUCACAAUACACGUUGUUUUCUGCCUAGCAGAUAAAUCUUAUUUAAUCGUUUUUUUUGUGUGUGCCUGUUAUUGAUUGUGAUGUCUAUUUGAAAUAAAGCUUAUUUCCAAGUUUGUGAA